AUGCUGCUUUCCCUCACACACUCAUCACAACCCAACAUCCUGUACACUACCACAUAUCUCAGCCACUUCAUCAACAUGUUCAAUGACUCCCAUGCCAUGGCCAUCAAGUGUGUGAUGAGAUAUCUGGUCAUUACCCACAACCAGGUGAUCUGCUACAACAAGUCACUGAUCAACCAACAUGACUCAGCCACCCUCAUUCCUGUUGGAUACACCAACACUGACUGGGGCAACACCAACACUGACAACACUCCAUCUCAGGCAUCAUUUUUCCUACUCACUGGAGGUCCCAUCUCUUGGACAUCAAAGACACAACAGUUUGUUGCUCUCUCAUCAACCAAAGCCAAUAUCAAAGCUCUCCUUUGGGAGGGAUUCAUUGAUGAGGAGCACCCUGAGUAUGUCUGUUGGCUCAACAAGAGUCUCUAUGGCCUCAAGCAGGCUCCCCUACUAUGGAACAAGACCAUUGACCUCCACCUCAGGUCAAGUGGCUUCAAUCCCACCAAUGGCAAUCCUUGUGUCUACAUUCAGCAAAUGGGGGGGGGAGACUGGCAAUCAUCUCCAUCUAUAUCAACAACUAGAUCUUUCCUCCUCUUUCAUCUUGCUGUUUAUUACUCUUAA